UGUACUUCCCGUGACCACACCUCCAGAAACAGGCUCCUUGAUAAGGCAGCUGCACGUCUGCUGCAGUCAAAGGCAUCUGUGUAAGGAGGUAUGGCACAAAAAGUGACUAUUGUUUCAAGGCAGCAGUGGGGAGCAGCUGCCCCUAAAAAAAGGGAGACUCUGAAAGGCUCUGCCCAGAGAGUUGUCAUACACCACACUGCCCUCCCUAGAUGCAAAGGCCAGAAAGAGUGUAUGGACCGCCUUGUCAGCAUUCAGAGAGGGCACAUGAAAGACAGAGGCUUCGAUGACGUUGGAUAUAAUUUUCUUGUCGGAGGAGACGGUGCCGUGUAUGAAGGCCGUGGCUGGGGUGUGGUUGGGGCACAUGCCAAAGGCAACAAUCAUGACUCACUGGGGAUUGCCUUCAUGGGAAAUUUCAAAAAUGACACACCAAGCACAGAGGCAACGUCAUCCGUCAAAAAGCUGCUGCAAUCUGGAGUUUCUCAGGGCUUUCUAAACCCAAAGUUUGCCCUGUUUGGGCACAGAGAUCUGGGAGACACAGAAUGUCCAGGAGAAAAACUGUAUGCUGCACUACCACAACUGAGGGGUACCACAUAAAGCUCACUGCAGAUUCUGAUUGUUUUGAUUGCAAAAAAUUCCCUAGUUUCAUAUCAUAAACAAACCUUCAGCAGCUCUUCGUUAAUACCAGAUGUGGAAUAAACAGGGUGACAGGAUGAAGAAGAAUUUCGAAUAAAUACUGACUCAUUAUUUCUUAUCAAAUUCUUUUUAUUUAUGGCUGUCCCCUGAACUAAGGGAAGGUUUGUGACUUUCUUUUACAGCAGAGGGAGCCAUCAAAUGGGAUGAGACCAAUAGGCUUUAGAGUGCAAAAUGCCUGAAAGUCAAUGCACUUUAAUUCACAUGUAGAAAAAUUGUCUUGUUAAUUUGAUUACAUUCUUUCAAUCUGUUAUGCUACUUUUUAGUUACCUAAGUGCAAUAUUAAUAUGGAGGCAAAUGCCUUUUUACUUAUGAAAGUAUUCAU